AUGAAAGAAUUAGAAAAAUAUCGUAAAGAUUCGCGCUAUAAGAAAUAUGUACAACUUGUGGAAAAAAUAUUACAAUCUUUUGAUAAAGAAGUCAAUGAAUGGGCUGAUUUCAUAUCUUUCCUAGGAAAACUUUUAAAAGCUUUUCAAUCAUAUCCACAAUUUCCUGUAAUACCUCGAAAAUUGAUCGUCGCUAAACGUCUCGCACAAUCAUUAAAUCCGGCUUUACCUCCAGGGGUUCAUCAAAAAGCACUGGAAGUUUAUGAUUAUAUUUUUGAUAGUAUAGGGACCGAACAAUUAGCAGAUGAUUUAUCCAUUUACGCUCAGGGACUCUUUCCAUUUCUUCAGCAUGCUUCAAUGUCCGUAAAGCCACAAUUACUUGGAAUAUAUGAAAAAUAUGUCUUUCCACUCCGUGCACGUUUACGUCCUGUGAUGAAAGCUUUACUUACAGCACUUUUGCCAGGGCUUGAAGAAGAGGGAAGAAUAGUAGAAAAAUCAUAUUUUUUUCAUAAUAUGUGGCUUGUUUUAAUAACAUCACCGGUUUUACGAAUCCCGGCAUUACAUUAUUUAUCGCGUCGAAUGCCUAAAAUCACAUCAAAAGAAGAUGUAGCAGUCGUGCUGGGAGAUGAUGUUGGAAUAAUGGUUCGAGCAUUUUCAGCCACAUUAGGAGACAGAAAUGUAUUGGCUCAAAGAGCAAUUCUUGAUCUACUUGUUAUUAAUUUUCCAUUAAAAGAUAAGAACCUUGGAGAGAUUAUGCAACAAGAUGAUCUUAUAUUAUUAAUGAAAUCAGCAGCUUCAGUUGUAUUAAGAAAAGAUAUGUCAUUAAAUAGAAGACUUUAUGCUUGGCUCUUAGGACCAGAUGAUAAUCCAGAACAACAAACACAAUAUUUUCAAGAUUAUGGAAAAUCUGCAAUGGUCUCUGCUUUAAAGAAACCAUUCAAGAUUUUAAUUUCAUUAUUGGAUAAAUGGGAAAUUGGUUUACUUUUAGUAGAAGAUUUAUUGAUUGACAUAUUAUGGUCAUUGAAAGAUCACGUUGAAAAAUCGACAUUUGGAAUAGAAUUACUUCAAACAGCGAAUAUGUUUCUAGAAAUGAUUGAUUCAUAUUUGAUUUGGAUGAAAUUAUAUGGUUUGGUUCAAAAUAGACUUUCAUUUAAUGAUGGUUUAGAUACUGCGGCUUUAGAACUUAUGAAAUUCGUACUGAGUUCUUUCAAGUUACACGAAGAAGAAAUUGAAAAAAUACAUUUACCAUUAUUCUUAACAGCUUUAUUAUGCAAACUAAAUGAUUUUUCAAAUGAACCAAAUUUUAGUACUCAUAUUUCGAAAAUUGAAUCAGCUUUAGAAUUGGCAUUAAAUCUCUUUAAAAAAAUUCACCGUUCUGUUUUUAAUUAUCAAGUUCCAGUAACGAAUACCUUGCGAAAUCUUAUCAAAGAUAAUGAAGAUGAAAUUGAUUCUUCAAUGGAUUCAACAGAGGAUUCUAAAAAUAUUCAAAAAUCUCAAAUCGAUUUAGAUUUUGUUUCCGGAAUGGAUCCAAUGAAAUAUAUUAAUGAUUUUUAUAGUGGAAAUGAAAAAAUUGCAAAUAAGAAAUUUAGUGGCAUUCGUGGACGUUAUUUGGCUGAAGAAUUAUUAAAAGCGAUACAAGGAUUUUUACAAAAAUUAAUUACACGAAUAAUUUUAGUGAAAGAUCAAGAUGUUGGUAUUUCUAAUCCUGGAACUUUAUCUAAAAUAAUGGAUUGUGGAUGUGGCCUUUUAAGAAAUAUAUCAGAGAGAGUUAAUCAAAUUGUAAAUCAAAUUGUUGAACAAUUAGUAUUAAUGAAUUCUCAAGAAAAUAGAGAAGAAAAUAAAGAAAUUAUUUUAUCAAAAUUAUAUAGUAAAGAAUGGAUCGAUGCAACAUUAAAAUGUUGUUACAUGGUUAAAAAUUUUAAUAUUAUCGAUUCUGCAUUGUCAACUUUACUUUUUCUUAUAAUUGAUAAACGACUCAUUUCUUCAAAUUUACUUGAUACUAAACAUCAAAUACGAGAAAUAGUUGACACUUUAUGGAGUUUUUUGGGACCUCAACAUAAUUUUUUACAUUUCAGAAUAGUUCAAUUAAUUUGGAAACUUAAAGAUCUUUCAUCAGCGAAUUAUGUUGAAGCAAUUAUUUCGGAAUAUUUAUUAGAAAAGGAUAUAAAGAAGAGAGUUACAAAUUUCGAAAAAUUUAAUAUUUUUUGGUUGGCAUCAGAAGAAUUUAAGGAUAAAGAUUUGUCAUUUAUUAAACCGAUGUAUUUAAUGUUGGAUACUUUACGAGAUGAAGAUCCCAUGAAUCGACGAGCCGGAGAAACUUGGAUGAGAUGGAAUCAAAAAUCAAUUCUUAGAAUAUUACAACCAAUGAUAGUGAAUCUUUUAGAUGCAACAAUAAUUAGACAAACUACGAAAGUUCAAAUUGGAGAAGAAACAUUUGAAAUAUUUUAUUAUGAAAAAACAUUUAAUCAAGCGCGAAUUGAUUAUAUUUUUACAACUUUAAGUUCGAUAUGUCGAGUUGGAAAGAGAUCAUUUUUAAAAGAAAUAUUUAAAUCACUUGUUAAAACCGAAAUAAUAUCAUCAUGUAAUUGGUUACCUACAGAAAUUGGAAGUUCAAUAACUUAUAGUGAACUUUUUAUUCGAACCACCUUAUUAUAUAUUGAAUCCGAAAUUCCGGAUAAUUUAUCUACCAUGAAAACAUUAAAUGAAUUAAUUCAUGUUCAUGCAACAGAAUUUCUUUUUCAUCUUAUAGAAAUACCGGAAUUCGUUAAUAUUAAUAUGGUUCAUUUAGUUCAUGAACUUAUUUUAAGAAAAUUAUUUUAUUGUAUUCAUAUGAAACAAUUAAGUUUACAAGCUAGAUUAAUACCAUUAUUACAUUCAACAAUUAUUAAUAUUGGACCAUUAAAUGAAUGCCCUGUGAAUGGAUCACUUUCAUUAAAUUCUCCAAUAAAUAAGAAAUUACCUUUUGAUCCAAUUUAUUCAAGUUCACCAUCAAGAUAUUACAGAACAGCUUUCUUGGUUAAAGUAUUAACUGAAGCUUUAUCAAAAUCAUCUAAUCGACCUCUUUUACAAGAAUGGAUGGAUUUAAUUAUAAAUUCAUUAACUUAUUUUAGAUCAUCAUUUAAUACAGUAUUGGUUCAAUUAAUUCAAUGUAUUUGUGAACAAUUAAGGCAAUGGAAAUCAGAAACACAAUUUCAUUAUGCUUUAAUAGAUAAUAAUAAUGAUUCAAAUAUUUCUGAAUCAAGAAAUGGAGAACCAGCGAUGUUUGAUUGGGAUAUUAUUAUCUUUUUGAAUGGAUUUGAAAAAAUUGUGAAAGAUUGUUUAAAUAAACAUUCUAUUGAUGAUUAUAAUUCUUCUUAUGCAAGUUCAAAAAGUUAUGAAACAACAUUGGGACUUCCCACAUUAACUGGUUAUAUGACAGGUACAUUUACCUUCACGCUUGAGUAUACAGGUAAAAGAAUAAAAGAAAGAAUUAAGAAACUUUUAGAAGAACUUCACAAAAGAGCACAAGGAGAACUUGUUGAAGCAUUCGUGGAACUUUGGUAUAUUGAAAAUCCGGAUGUUUCUGCUGUAAUCUCUGAGCCUGUAUUUAAAGAUAUAGACAGUACUGUCAUAGAAGUGCUAAAAGCUAUUCCUGGUUCUUCACCGACAAAAAUAAUUAACACACUUUUAGUAAGUGCACGUAGUCGGACUGAUAUUAUGAUCUUACGAUUUCUCGAGGUUUAUGCUGAUUCUUUAAAAAAUAUGGAUCCAUUAAUUGAAGCUUGGCCUCAAUGCAUAUCUUAUAUAAAGGAUUAUUAUGCACAAGCAUCUGUUUACAAAUAUUUAUUUAUGCAUGAAUUUGCCGAUAGAUUAUGUUCUUCUGCAUAUUUUGAGGAAAAGAAAGUACGAAAAGAAAUGCAGGACGUUUAUCAACGAGUUUUAGAUUACUGCAUCUUGAUUGCUGGACGUUCAUUUGAUCAAGGAUUAUGGCUUAGACGAACCCUUGUCCAAGAUGGAGAAGAUAGAAACAGUAGUGAUGAAACUAUUGAUAAAGAAUCCGAAUCUGGACGAUUAAUUAAUACAACAAUACCUGAAGAAAAAAAAAUAUCAUGGAAAUCAAAAGAGGAAGUUUUAAUGGAACAGAUUAAUCUAUAUCUUGCUAAUGUUAUUGUACCAAAUUUAAGACGAAUACUCGCAGAUCAGGAUCGGAUUACUUCUGUUGUCACCAAUAUAGUAUAUUAUAUUAUUUCAUCAGCAUUAAAAAAUCGACCCAAUUCCGGAGUGAAUUCUGUAAUUCUUGACCUUCUUUGUGAAAUUUCUAAAAUACCUUUCGUAUAUCGGGUAUGGCGCAAAGAAGCUUGGGAUGUAUUUAUUGAUAAUCGAUUUUUUAAUAUGAGUCCCUCUGCUGCUAAAAAAUGGAAUAUAAUAAUGCAAACAAUAAUGACUUCCGAGAAAGAAAGAUUUGCUGAAGAAUAUGAAUCUUUAAGUCGCGCUUUGAAUCUACGAAGACUUUCUUAUAUAAUAUUUUGUGGUAAAUUGGAUCAAUACAUAAAACAAUUGCAUAGCAUAGCUGAAAAAUUAGUAGAUUUAUUCAAAUUAGGAUUUGCUGAAUUAGUACAUGCUGAGUCAUCUCGAAAAGAAAACAUAGCCGAACAGCAUGAAACUGCUAAUUCGUUCUUGGCUGCAUGUAAAUUUUUGGAUUUGUUAUUCGUAUUGCAAACCAAUGAUUUUCAAGUAUAUGAAUGGAUGUUCAUCGCGGAUACGAUUAAUAUAAUUAAUCAUUCUCUUGAAUUGUCUCCUUACGCUCUCUUGGACAAAUUAGCUGAUCAUUUAUCUGGACAACAAAACGAUAUUUCAAAGUUACGCUUGGAUAAUUUAUCAAAUAGUCAAUUCCAAUCAAUAUCACCAUUAUCUUCGGUUACCAAUGUGGCAAAAACAGAAUAUAAACGUCCCAUGCUAAAAUUGAAAAGUAUUUCUAAUAUAAAGCAAUUGGAAUUUUUUGUUAGAACUAUUAGUUUAUAUGUGUAUCAAUCAACUUACGCACUGGCAAAACCUGAUAUUCCAUAUAUUGAAAGUUUAUUAGAGAAUGAUAUGUUAGAAUAUGAAGAAGUAAAUAUUGAAGCAAGUGUUAUUCCGUCGCGAGACGCGAGGUGA